AUGAAGUUCAAUAUUGGCCUCGCCCUUUUCUUCGCAGCAGCAGCAGUUGCAAUUCCCACUACGGAAUUCCACCAUCAGGAUCCAAGUGUGAAAUUCCCUGCCCCAGAAGGCAUGACAAUCAAAGAGGGUGUGGACAAAUGUGGCACUCAGGCUCAGCUCUCUUGCUGUAAUAAGGCCACUGUAGCUGGCGAUACGAGCCACAGUGGUGGUGUUCUCAGCGAUUUGUUAGGAGCAGGGUCAGGCAGCGAGGGCGCAAGUCUGUUUUCGCAGUGUUCUAAACUACCUAUUAACAUCAAUAUCAUCGCCAUUAGCUUACAGGAUUUGCUCAAACAGCAGUGUAAGCAGAAUGUCGUGUGUUGCCAGACGACAGGGAGUUCAGCUGAAAACUCCGGAGUGGGACUUGCGCUACCCUGUAUCGCGCUGGGAUCUAUUGCUUAG